CGGCGGGUAGGUGGCGUGCGGACGCGGCACGGCCGUUCUUCCAGUGGGGAGGUUGGUUAGGUCGCGCGGCUGCUCGCUCAUCUCGCCUGCUCUACCGUACCCCUCCUGAAAGGUUGCGGCUCGAGCCGGGAGUCACGUGAUGAGCAUCCUGCUGCCCAACAUGGCGGAGUUCGACACCAUCUCCGAGCUGGAGGAGGACGACGACGACGCGGCAGCCUCAUCCGGCCUCGACGACGAUUUCGAGGAUCGCUUUGACGACGAGGAUGAGGGCGUCGCGGUGGAUUUCGAGCCGGAGCUGCUACAGCCGCUGCCGCCGCCGGGCCAAGCCCAGAGCGAAGAGUACCUGCGCCGGCUGGUGCCUGAUCCAGUGACCGUGCAUGGCACUGGUCACAUCACAGUGUUUGGAUUGAGCAACAAAUUUGAUACAGAAUUUCCUUCAGUUCUGACCGGAAAAGUAGCCCCAGAAGAAUUCAAGACCAGUAUUGGCCGUGUGAAUGCCUGCUUACAGAAAAACCUUCCAGUCAGUAUCAAGUGGCUGUUGUGCGGCUGCUUGUGUUGCUGCUGCACUCUGGGGUGCAGCCUAUGGCCCGUGGUUUGUCUUAACAAGAGAACAAGAAGAUCUAUUCAGAAGUUACUUGAAUGGGAAAACAACAGAUUGUAUCACAAACUUGGCCUGCACUGGAAACUGAGUAAAAGGAAAUGUGAAAGUAGCAAUAUGGUAGAAUAUAUCAUUUUACAGAUGAAGAAACUGAAGCCAGCAGGGUGAAGCGACUUUCCCAGAGUCACACAGCUAAGAUCCUGGAGUGAUUGGACAUUUCCUUCACCAGCUCAUUUUACAGAUAAAGAAACUGAGGCCAACAAGGUGAAGUGACUUGCCCAGGGUCACACAGCUAGGACGUGGCUGAGACCAGAUUUGAACUCAAGAAGAGGAGUCUUCCUGAAUCCAGGCCCAGCACUCUGCACUGCAACACCAAGUAUCAGUGUCAAGUUUUGAGCGGGGACAGAGCUAGUAUGCCAGUUUGGCUGAAAUGUGGAGUGGGUGAAAGGUGGUGCAUAAAGCGAGGUGUCUAGGGAGUUGGUGGGAGCCAGCCUGUGAAUGGCUUUCGAGAAGUUUGCAUUUACCCUAAAGACAGUAAGGAGGGAGCAAGGAUUCGGGAGCUGAGGGUUGACAUGGUCAGAUCUAGGACUGAGAAACAUUACCUCAACGGCUACGUGGGAGAUGGGGUGGAGGAAUGACUCGUUUGACAGAGGGAGGCCAGUUUGGUUACUGCCCCAGUCUAGAUGAGAGGGAAUGGAAGCCUGAGGUAGUCAGCUGAGUGGCCAGAAGGGAGAGGACUGUAUAGGAAAGCUGUCCUGAAGGAAGAAGCCAUAAGGUUUGGCAGGGGGUGACAUGUGUGGCGUGAGUGAGGGCAGUGGCUCGAGGAAGACACAGGCCAGGAGCUAAGCCAAUGGGAGGACCCGAUUAUAAAAGGGAAGUUCAGAAGGAGAAGAAAAAACCAUCAGUCCCAUUCAGUUCCUACACAAGCCUUGGACUUUUGAUGUUAAACUUGUGAGUCUCCUCUCUAUCUCUGGCUUCCUCUUCCUCCUCCUCCCCCCUCUUUUCUCUCUCUCUGUCUCUUUGUCUCUCCUCCUCUCUUUCUAUCUCUCUCCUCUCUUCUGUCUCUGUCUCAAUGUCUCUUUCUUCCUUUCUCUGUCCUUUUGUCUCUCUUCUCUCUCUGCCCCUCUAUCUCCUCUCCUUCCUCUCUGUCUCUCUCUUUGUCUUUCUGGCUCUGCCUCUGCCUCUGCCUCUCUCCCUUUCCCUCUCUCUCACAUCUUUAAUCUCGCCCUAAAUCUCUUUACUACUGGGGAAAACUCCAGGAAGACCAUAUUUACAUGAAAGAGUCAGAGCCACCUUCUCCAAAAGAAAUGCACCCCAGGGAGUCAGCCAUGAACUCAAUUGCACUCCCCCAGUUCUUGGGGCCAUCAUAAAACUCAACCAAGUGUUUCAAACCCGUCAAGCAAGUCGAGAAAAGAACGAUCCAAGAUUCCUAUCUGUGCAUCUUAGAAUAUGUCUCUAAUGGGCACCUAGCAUGCCACGCUAACCAGUCUCCCUGUCGAAGGGCUUUCUUCCCGGGAAGGAAGACGAUGCCACGUUGGCUACGAGGCCAAAGGACAUCUGUGGAAAGGAGCGGCUCAGACAUAGCCAGUAACUAGCAUCGAGAGGGAAAGACACGAAUGAAGAAGGUCUGGUCCACGGGGGAUGAGGGGACGUGGGCACAUUUACUUAAUUUCUGCUUGGGAAAUGGAGAGACUUGGUAGGAAGGCUAGAGGGAAAAGGAUCAAAGAAGCUGAGAGCCAGAAAGUACAAGCCACAGCCCUCUGAGACUAGCAGAAAACUUGACAAAUAUCUCCUGCUGUAAUAACCUUAGGAGGUAGGCUGCUGUUAUUAUGCCCAUUUUACAGAUAAGGAGUCCAGGGGCAGACAGAUGUUAAGUGAUAACUCACAGCUAAAUAUGAAGCCAGAUUUGAGCUCGGUAUUUCUUCCCAACUCCAGGCCCAAUGCUCUAACCAAUGGGCUACCUGGAUUGUCUCUUGCCUAGCCAAGAUUCCAACCCAAGUUUCUUGAUUUCCAUUUCAGUGACCACAGACAUUAUUAGGACACACAUGUACUAUAUACCCUCACCUUCCAUCUUAGAAUCAAGAUUCUUGAUUUUUUUCCUUCUAAAACAGAAGAGCUAGGCAAUAGAGAUUAAGUGACUUGCUCAGGGUCACACAACUAGUAAGUAUCCACCUAGCUGCCCCCUUACUAUGAAUUCUUUUUUUUCUUAUUUAUUUUUUCCCCUUAGUAUCAGUCCUAAGACAGAAGAGUGGCAGAGGCUAGGCAAUCAAGUUAAGGGACUUGCCCAGGAUCACACAGCUAGGAAGUGUCUGAGACCAAGUUUGAACCCAGGUCCUCCCAACUCCAAGCCUGGCACUCUAUCCGCUGUGCUACCUAGCUGCCCCUUCUGCUAAGCUUUUCUAAGUCAAUAUGUAGUGGACAGGAUUCCUUAUAGACAGAUUAGUAGCCCCCACCAGUUCCUAUUUGAGUUUGAGUUUGAUGCUCCUAUUACUUAAGGAUCUUAGAAGGAUCUUUUUAGCCAGGGCAAACCUUUAGGUUGACCUCUUCAUUUUGUGAAUGAGGAAACUGAGUCUUAGAGAGAAGGAGUGACUUGCUCAAGGUUUCAAAGCUAGAAAAUAGCAGAAGUAGGAUUUGAACCCAUGUGGUGCUUUUUUCAUUGCAUACCAUCUGAAUCAUGAAGUCACUCCACAUUAAUUUAUUCAUCUACAAAAUGGGGUUGGUGAUGCUGGCACUCAAGCGCCUCCUGUUUGCUCAAAUGCCAGCUUCUGUCUUUCAUGUCCCUCUUCUGCUCUCCCAACUUGGUCUGGGGGCUCAUCAUGUAGUUUCAUUUAAACUUCACAUUUAGUAAAUUUCAAGGGGAGGGCAGGGAAAGGGAUCACACCUGCAGUUGACAAGAGAGGGGGCUCAGAGCUACCAAGACUCAACUUAGGAAAUUGUGGCUUUAGAAUCUGAGGAUCUAGGUUGAGGUUCCAGCCCUGUCUCAUAUCUCUUUCCUUGGGCAAGUCACCUUCCCCUCUGGGCUCCAGCUGACCCAUCUGUGAUCCAAAGGGAUUGGAAUUAGUCCCCAAAGUCCCUUUCAACUCUGAGUUCCAUGAUAAACUAGUGGCUGCCCAACCCAGGGAAUUGUUCCAAGAGGCCAGCAUCUCAGAUCAGGAUGGAACCUCAGAAGACUCCCACUGAGAAGUAAUCUCCCUGACAGCUGCCCCUAAGAAGCCAUCAGUUAAUUGAUUAUUAUUAAAUGUGUGUUAAGCACCUAAUAAUAAUAACCACUAACAUUUCUAUAGCCACUUCAGGUUUGUGAAGCAAUUUACAAAUAAUAUCUCAUGUGACCUUCACAAUUCUGGGAGAGAGGGGCUGUUAUGAUCCCCAUUUUACAACUGAGGCAACUGAGGCACGUGGAAGUGAAGUGACUUGCCCAGGUCACACAACUAAGGCCAGAUUUAAAUUCAGUACUUUCUGACUCCAGGCCCAGCACUCUACCCACUGUACUGCCUGGCUGCCUACUGUUGGCCAGGUAUUGUGUUAGGUGUUAGGGUUAGAAGGACUGAAGUGAACCAACCCCUACCGUCAGGAAUGAUACAUUCUAACCUGAGGGACAACAUAUAUUGACUAUACAAAGGAGAGUCUGGGGAGGGAGAGGAGUGCUAGCAACUGGGGCAGGGCCAGUGGGAAAGCGUUCAUCUUCCCACUUGAACCUCUCCAGUGAUGGAGAGCACAAGGCCGUGGCCUUGUGAAUACCACUAAAUGGCCUCCUACUCUCUAAUCCAAUUCCUUCCCAGCUUUCGAUGGCUGCUUCCUAUGGAAAGUUCCCCCUGAUCAUCCUAGUCCCAAAUGACCGUGGGAUCAUAGUUCCGAGGCCAGAACGGAUGUAGGAGGACACCAAGUCCAAUUCUGUUCUACAGAGGCAGAGAGAUUUUCAGUGACUUGCUCACAGUCAUAUAGCUAAUUCCUACUUGAGUCUCCCCGUCUCCAAUCCACUACUCUAUUCUUGAUACCACAUAGCAGAUCUCUUCCUUUCCUCCGGUCUGCUGGGACCAUAUCAGCUUUUCCAUUCAUCUGGCUUUGGACAUACCCUAUUCAGUGUCAAGCUCUGUUUUCUUGUGUGAAUUGAACAUAUCUAUUAAUCACACUAACCUCAGUUUCUAUUCACAGAGCCCUGUACAAAUAUUAGGGCCUUAUUUUUAUGGAUGAGGAAACAGAAGUUCAGAGGCAUGAAGUGACUUGUCCAAGGUCACAAAGUUAGUGUCAGGGCUGUCAGGCAAACUCAAGUGUUCUUGUUCUAGAUCCCCCGCUCUUUCCCCUGGAAAAUUAAUGGGGACAUGGGUAGAACCCUACUCUGCUGUAGUUCCCUUUCCUUUAGUGUUGUCUUCAUAAGUACUCCCAGGAAAAGUUGGGCCGACCUAACUCAGAACAAUAUUAUCUUACGUUUGCGUGGGGGCUUAGAAUCUUCUGAAAGCACGUGUACAUUUAUGAUCUUCUACCAUUCUAACAACUUCCCAGGCUCAUCGAGGCUGAUUUUUAUGACAUUUGUUUCCAAUUUGAAAAGAGAAAAUAAGCCCAGAGAAAGGAAGUGACUUGUCUAGGGUCUUAUGGUUAUUUAAGAUGGAGAGCAGAGCUAAAACCGAAGUUUUUUCACCAGGCCAUACCAGCGCCAGUGGCAGUUGGAAGCUUGGACCCUGUGUGCAUUCCCAGCUCUGGUCUUUCCUAGAUGUAUAAGGCUGUGAGCAAGUAACUUUCCCUGUCUAGAGGUAGCUACGUGGUGCAAUAGAUAGAGCACUAGGCCUGGAUUCAUGAAGACCUGAUUUUGAAUCUGCUGGCACUCAGACCCGUCCUAGUUGUGUGACUCUGGACAAGUCACUCCACUUUUGCCUGCCUCCAUUUCCUUAUCUGCAAAAUGGAGUACCUACCUCUGAGGGUUCCUGUGAGGAUCCAGUGAGAAAAUAAUUGUAAAGCACUUAGCACAGUGCUUGGCACCUAGUAGGCACCUAUUAAGGGCUUAUUUUCCUCGUAUGUAAAACAGAGGAGUAAUAAUACCUGUCUUGCCUGCCUGAAAGCUACCUGGAAAAGGGAGCAGUUAUCCUCUUAGUGCCACUGAUACAGUCAGACCUGCUAAAGAGGAGGGCCUGGCUGAUCUUAACUGAGGGAAUUAGGCAACCUUGGAUCAAUCCCCAUCAUGCCGUAGGCCAGGGAGAGGCCACUCGACUUCCCAGUCUUCCGAAACCUGUCUCCUCCUGCUAGAGCCCUGUGGUGCUCACCACCUAGCCUGUGACCCACUCUUGAGCCAUCUAGGGAAAGGACUGAGUCAUCGCUGGGACCCAGAUGGAGUAGUGCCACCUUACCCAGCAGCGCCUCGGUUUCCUCUGUGUAGCUCUGGUCAAGCUACUCCCCUCCUCCGAGUCGUUCAGUUAUUUCCAACCCCCCACUGAGGAAAGCUCUGGAGACCAUAGCAGAGCAAAGACCUCAGGCCAGGGCUUCCACUCCAAAUUCUGUGUGCUUUUCCUAGAGUGAGCUGCUACAAUGAGUGCAAAUCUCUCGGCCUGGCACUCAGAGGGUUCCUCAGUUGCCAACGUUAGCUCAUAUUACUAGAUUGCAAAGCAGCAGUCUGAACCUCCAACUAGACUCCCAGCCCUACCCUAUCCUUGGGAAAGGUGUAUUUGAAGCUUUGGGGCCUCCCUAAAAGCAGAGGGGUAAGAGUAUAGAGCAUUUGGACACAGAAGUUUGAAUUCUACCUGUGUGACCCUAGGUAAGUCACCUCCCUCCUUGGCCUCAGUUUCCUUAUCUAGGGGAGGUGAGAGGCUUGGACUAAGUGAUAUUAAAGGUUUCUUCCAGGCCUAAAUAAUAUAAUUCUCUGCUUAAGAUUAGGAAAUCCUUAUUAAGUACCAACUACAUGCCAGUUUCUGUUCUGGGUACUGAGGAUACAAAAACCCAAGUGAAAUAAUCCCUGCAGGCCCUCAAGAAGUUUACAUUUAGGGGCACCUAGGUGACUCAGUGGAUAGAGAGCCAGGAGGUCCUGGGUUCAAAUGUUCAGACACUUCCUAGCUAUGUGGCCCUGGGCAAGUCACUUGACCCCCAUUGCCUAGCCCUUCUUGCUCUUCUGUCUUAAACCAAUUUAUAGUGCUGAUUCUAAGAAGAAGAUAAGGGCUAAAAAAUAAGCUGACAUUUUAUUGAGGGGGCUGAGGUAGUGACAUGAAGAAGACGCCAUCUGGAAACUUGUAAGGAUGGGCAAGGGUCAAUCAGGAGAAUGCCUCGAUUUCUCUUAUUUGCCUACUUUGGAUAUAUUUCUGUUUCUUCUGUAUGUGCUGAUCUAGGGUAUACAGGGUAGUCAGGGAGGAAAGCACUUCUAGCGUGAGGACUUUGAGCCCUUUUUCUGGCUGCUCAUCGUCCUUUAGAGUCCUCCUGCCAUGCAGCUCUCACAAGAAGCUGGAGCAUGGACAGCAGUUACAUCCUGGUAAACAGUCUCAGCAGGGGCACUAAACCAGGCGGAGGCCUCAAGCCUGUUGGUGAACCAGGGGGUGUCUCGUGCAGUCACACGAGGACUUCCUCUGGCCCAAGGAGCCGAUGGGAACAGUUUGUUUCCAAAGCCGUGAAGGUGGCUGAAGCAGGGGCUUCAGUGGAGCGCUUUGAGCUGGCUUGGGCAGACAAGGAAGAUGCCAAAGUCCUCUCCAGUCAUCCUGACUUGGCUCCUGCCACUGAACUUGGAUGACUUUGGAGGAGAGCGUGAGGCCCAUGACUCUGCGACCCUGCCUCCCCUACAUCCAAUUUGUGCUCUAGUCACAAGCCAGUGAUGUCUGUCAUCUUGAUGGCCCUCUUCAAGUGCGAAGAAUGGCAACCAAACAAUGUGCUUAACUAUGAAGCCCCUCCCAUUAGAAUGUAAGCUCCUGGGGGCCAGGAAAUGUAAUCGUUCUUUAUUUUUGUAUCCUGGAGGCCUGGCACGGAAUAGGUGUUUAAUAAAAUGCCUUUUGAUUGCUGGUGAUGAGCGUUCAGAGAAGAGUGCAUUGUCUGGCAACUUUGCCCACACACCUCUCUCCAUCGAGGAAUGGUAUGGGCAUGGGCAUGCCCAUUGGCACCCUGUUGCUGGAAUAGAAGCCAACUCCCAAUUCAGUCUCACUAACGAAGACUGCCCAGAGGUAACUUGGUUGGUUUGGAGCCGCCUACAAAAUGAAUCUUCAUCCAAAAUGUAGCCCUUCUGAGCAUAUGUAGACAGCGAUGGCAGCAACAGCUGGUGGUGCUGGUGGCAUUGAAGCCAUCCGUGGCUGCCUUGGGCAUAGACUUAUGGGAGUUGCAUAUGCUAGGGUUGCCCAUGCCCAUGGUCCCCAUGUAGAGACCUCCAGCUUCCCCUAUGCUUCCUUUUCCUUUUAUAUAUACAGGUGAGAGCCUAGAAAUGUGAAAGUGGAUUUUCCCAGCCGAAGAGAUGGCAACCAUUGGGGCAAUCUUGGAGAAGCACGUAGGAGAUCCAUGUGCUUAUUCAUAUACCUCAAGAGAGGGAUUCAUGAUCUUUGUCAUCCCAGGGCCCUUAUCUUGUAAUUAGAAGAGAGACAUUUCCUCGGGGGCUCCACCCUAGAUUCUCAGGCUCCGCCAAGUCAAGUAUUGGGGGUUUCCUUGUAAGCCCAGAUUUGGGAGUUUGGAGAUGGACCCUUCAGCCCAGAGAAGGGGAAUUUCCUGAGCAUUGGGUUUCUUAGAGAGAGGAGAGGAAGGCAUCUAUCUCCCUCACUAAGUUCCCUUCUGAAGGCACUCCAAACCAUGGGGUAAUGCUGAGCCUGGAGGACUCCAGGACUCUAUGGAAAAGUGGGACCCACCAGAGAGGGAGAAUUGAGAGGCUCUUUACAGGCUUCCUUUUUUAUUCAUAGAAUGUAUCCCCCAGUAUCUCAGUGCCUCACUCCAUUCAUUCCCAGCAUCAAAGGAGACAGAUAUCACAAGCAAACAGAUAAGGCUGUAUAGAUUAUGUUUUCCAUUUUUCAGUUCAUUCUUCGGAGGUGAUAUUUACAAUUUCUUCUUCAAGCAUUGACUCUGUAGCUGUAUAUGUGUUCUCUUGGUUCUACUCACUUCACUGUCUGUUGUCAUUUAUGUGCUUUCUACAUUCGUUUAGGGACCCCCAUAAGUUCUUUGCAUUUGGGUACAUUUUCUGUAUCUGUACCCAUUAUCUUGAGUAUUUACACUGACAUGGGACCCUACGCUGGUGGAAUAGACCCAAGCUGUAUUGGGUGAUUUUCCAGAGGAAACUCUUCAGGGUGAUGGGGAAUCCGAGUUUCAGGCUAGUUAAACCCAACUUCAGAGUCACCUCCUUCACAAGUGAAGUCCUUACUUCUCCAGUCUGUAGCGUUAUGUUGCUGUGAUCUGUAUGAGUGUGGCGCCCUCUCCUGGACUAGUCUCAGCUAACCAGCUUCCUUUCAGCUAGAACUCAGCAGUGUGACCCUGGGCAAGUCACGUCACCCUCAUUGCCUAGCCCUUACUGUCUUCUGCUUUGGAACUGCCACUCAGUGUCUAGUCUAAGAUAGAAGGUAAGAUUUUAAAAACCCCAAACACCAUGAUUUGAGGUAUUUGCAGAUUUCCAAGGUGCAAAUGCUCAUGCUGAAAGCUGAGCAGUAGGUGGCUUCCAGCCGGCUCCAGCACACCCCUGCAGAGGAUACUUAAUUUCAGGCUGUCAGUCAGGGAUUUCCAGUGGUAACUAGUGCACUCCCAUCCCUUGAGACCCAGAGGGGAAGUGACUCGUCCAAAGUCAAGGAAAUGGUAGAAUGGGGCUUGGAACCCAGCAUCCUCUGACUUGAGAGUCUUUGUAUUCUCAAUGGAAAGCCCUAGCGUCUCCAUAC